GAAAGUUUAGAGGACCAGCUCAUAGUAGAUGUAAUUUAAAAUUACAAAUCGAUCCAGAAACAAUAAAAAUUCUGGUAUUAUUUUGUAAUGGAAGUAGCUAUAAUUUUCAUCAUCUUAUGCAAGAAAUAGCUAAAGUAACAGAUAAAAAAAUAGUGCCCAUAGCAAAUAAUUCUGAACAAUAUAUCACUUUCUCAGUUGGGCAACUUCAAUUUAUAGAUAAAAUUCAACAUGAACUCCGAAAAAGAUGGGAGAUACAAGUGUUAAAAAGUUAUAAAUUAAAGCUUGAAAAAGAUGAGAAAAUAAAGAAAGCACUAAAACAAUAUUUAGAUGAUGAGGAACUUCAAGGAUAUAUGGAAUAUGGUAUGAAGCUUAAAUAUUAUACAAAGCUACUUGAGACUGCUAAAAAACAAGUAAAGAUUGAAAGGU